GAGAAAUCACACAAAACCCUAGCACUGUAAGCCUACACCACCGCCGCAAGGAGUGGCAUACUGCCGCCGUCCGUCGCAGUCAAAGUUCACCAUCCGUCAUCUAGCUUCCCUCGUGCUCCAAGUCUUCAACCCCUGUUUGCUGUCACCGAUCGCGGCUGCUUCCUCGAGCUCGGCGUCCGUCUUCUUUGUCUGCUCAGCCGCGCUUCCGUCGCCGUUUGUUUGCCGUUCACGUUCGCGUCUUCGUUCAGCUGUCGUCUUCGUUCGCGUUCUUCGCCGUUCGCGUUCGCUCGGCGUUCACCGUUCGCGUUCACUCGCUGUUCCCCGCUCGAGUUCGCGUUCGUCUGGAAGCCACGUUGCUCUGCUUCAAACUCUGCGACCAACCCGCGCGCCCACCCAGCCGUCGAACAGCUCUCUUUUGUCGCCGCCUUGGACCAAUGAACCAUUAAACCAGUGACUAAAGCGGUUUGAUGACCGGUCCAGUUCUCAGAACCUUGGUCUACCGACCAAAGGCCUCCUUCAAGGACACUAUUUCACCAAAUGUGGAGCCACCUGCCGUUCUCACUCAAAACGUGUCAUUUUCAGCUCUCUUUCCGUCGCUUCCUCACUCGCUCUAUCCACGAGAACAUUUAUGACCCACCAUUUUCACCCUCCAGGAAGCCACAUCAUAAAGUAAAUGAGAAAAACAAGAAGCAAAAGAAAACAAAAAACAACAAUGAUCCUGAUAAAAUUGCAUCCCCGAAACUUCCCCUAAAAUCAGAGCUUCCAUUUGAUUUCAGAUACUCUUACUCAGAAACCAGCUCUUCCGUGACACCCAUCAGCUUCCGCGAAUCACCGAAGUUCUCUCCGUUUGGACCUGGCCGGCUUGACCGGAAAUGGACUGGGACGUGCGCACCAGUUCAGGAGGAAGUGAACCGGACGAGGCUAGAAGAGGAGCGGAACCGGGUCCUUGGAGAACCACUCACGGAGGAUGAGGUGGCGGAACUCGUGGAACGAUACCGUCACAGUGACUGUGCAAGGCAAAUCAAUUUGGGGAAGGGAGGAGUCACACACAACAUGCUGGAUGACAUCCAUAAUCACUGGAAGAAAGCUGAAGCUGUCAGAAUCAAGUGCUUGGGUGUGCCAACUCUUGACAUGGACAAAAUUUGUUUCCACCUCGAGGACAAGUCUGGUGGAAAAGUCAUCUACCGAAACAUCAAUAUUUUGUUGUUGUAUAGAGGUCGAAAUUAUGAUCCCAAGAACCACCCUGUUAUUCCUCUCAUGCUGUGGAAGCCCUAUGCACCAAUAUAUCCAAGGCUUGUGAUGAGUGUCAUUGAGGGUUUGACGUAUGAAAGAACGAAGGAAAUGAGAAAGAAGGGGUUGGACUUAGACCCCCUGAUGAAACUCACUAGAAAUGGUGUAUAUGUGAAUGUAGUGGAGAGAGUGAGAGAAGCUUUCAAGACUCAGGAGGUUGUGAGACUGGACUGCAGGCAUGUUGGAAUGAGUGACUGCAAAAAGAUUGGAGUUAAGCUAAGGGAUUUGGUGCCGUGUGUCCCAAUCUUGUUCAAGGAUGAACAGAUAAUCCUCUGGAGAGGAAAAACAGACCAAGAACCUGCUUUUCAGGACCACGAUGUAGUGUCUGCAGUGUAAUCUGUAAAUAUUGACAGGAUUAUAAGCUGUUGCCAUUUUUACUCUAUGGAGACACCCAUGUUCGGGGCAACAUGGCAAAAGUUGAAACGGUGCUCUCAUGAAGAAAGGAAUACACAUGAACGGAUAGACUCUAUUAUUUAUGCAUUGAUCUGCUAUGAAACUAGCAAAAUGUAGUGGGAUGGGUUUUGUUUUUCCGUCAAUUAGUUGUCAACUUGUCAUGUACAUGCUUUGUUGAUGUAUUAUAUGUACUCAUUCUUAUCUUGUAAACUGAGUCAACACACAUUAGUUCACCAUUAGAUAAGGUGUUCGACUAAUCUCAUGAGGGGUUCUUAAGAGUGUCGAAUAAUAAGUCAGUCUAUGUUGGCUCAAUUUAUGUAGUAUGAAUACAUAUAAUUUUCUUCACAAUUUAGGGGGAAGUCUAGCAAAAUGCUUUGAAUGCUUAUUGCCACGGAAGAAAGAUUUUCCAUUUUCUUCCGUGUGUUAUUUGUUUUACAACUCAUGAAGGAUUAAGUCA